CGCCCCUCCAAUGGGGUUGAGGCGGAGGCGGGGCGCCUGCUGGUCACAUGACCUGUAGUUGUCCGCCUGACUCGGGGGAAACAGCUGGAGUGUCCAUGGCUGCAGAGGCAAAAGAAAGUGAGGAGCUCAAACCCAAGGUGGAAGAAUCAGAGGAAUCAGAUUCCAGUGAAGAAAGCAGCAGUGCAUCAGAAAUGGAUUUCCUACGCGAUCUGUUUUCCCGGACGCUGGGCAUUGGCACUCCAGAAAAAGUCCUUGAUGAACUAACCCUUGAAGGAGUAAGCAAAUUCAUGCUUAGUGAAAAAUGCAAAAAUGUGGCAUUUAUGGUUGGAGCAGGUAUCUCAACAUCUGCAGGAAUCCCUGACUUCCGUUCACCAGGCAGUGGACUGUAUGCCAAUCUUCAGAAAUACAACUUGCCAUACCCUGAAGCCAUAUUUGAAAUUGGAUUCUUUAAGCAAAAUCCAGAACCAUUUUUUGCGCUGGCUCGAGAACUGUAUCCUGGGCAGUUCAAGCCAACUGUUUGUCAUUAUUUUAUGCGUCUGAUGAAAGAAAAGGGAAUGUUACUUCGGUGCUACACUCAGAACAUAGAUACACUCGAACGGGUAGCCGGUCUCUCUUCUGAUGACUUGGUAGAGGCUCAUGGAACUUUCCACACCUCUCACUGUGUUGGAACAUUCUGUAGAGAAGAGUAUUCUCUUUCCUGGAUGAAAGAAAAGAUUUUCUCUGAUUUGAUCCCUAAGUGUGAAAAGUGUAACAACUUGGUCAAACCCGAUAUUGUAUUUUUUGGGGAAAGUCUGCCAUCCCGCUUCUUUUCGGCUUUAAAAUCUGAUUUCCCCCAGAUUGACCUCCUUAUUGUAAUGGGAACAUCUCUUCAAGUUCAGCCAUUUGCUUCUCUUGUUGGCAAGGUGCCUAGUAAGACACCACGUCUUUUAAUCAACAAAGAAAAAACUGGUCAGGGAGACUCAUUUUUUGGACUGCUUGGGUUGGGAGGUGGAAUGGACUUUGAUUCAGACAAAGCGUACAGGGAUGUAGCCUGGCUUGGACACUGCGAUGAUGGUUGUCUUGCCUUAGCUGAAUUCCUAGGAUGGAAGGCUGAGCUGGAAGAAAUGGUGAAGAAAGAACAUGCAUCCAUUGAUGCAGCAGAAAGCCCCCCAGCGAAGCCAGAGGCAAAGGAGUCGCCCAAGAAAACUCAGGAGGAAAAACCAUCAGAAUAAAAACUUUCAAAAGUCAUAGCGAUUUAUUUUUAUUUUUUUUGCCAUUUUCAUCAGUGCACCAUUAACACUGCAGGUGCCAUUCUCUGUAAUUGUGUAAGAAUUUUCACUGGCACUUUAUGUACAGGUGUUAAGAGGAUAAUGGUUAUUUUGGCAUAAUUGAUAGUAGCUUCAUUUAUCUGCACUAUAACAUAUUGCUUUGAUUUGAUUGUGUAAUGGAGGAUCCUUCGUAGUAGGCCUAAUGCCAUUGCUGGUUCAUCAUCCUUAACAGUUUGUAGUUCUGGACAAGGAGGGGUGUCUACUUUUGGGCUGAUCCAGCGAUGACAUGAGAUAACAAUUUUUUUGUCAUUUACAAUGGCCUUUGCAUGUAUAUUGUAUUAUUAAAUGGGCUCCGAUAAGGUAAAUGCA